AUGACGACGAGCUAUUUCUUCAUAUUUGCUGAAGUCUUCUUGAAUCCACUCAUCGUCUCUUUUGUGAUCAAAAGAACCGAAGCGAACAAGCAGGAGUUCAUCUUUCUCAGGAAAUCAGAAGAAUACGAACAAGGAAAGUACACAGAAGCGACAAAAUCCUUGCUUGACCGAGCAGCGAUAACAAAACUUGUCUACGCAGCAAAGCACAAAUUGGACCUUACCAUCACUCUUCGACGCUUUUUCUCUUAUUUCUUCCUGACACUGAGUCUUUACGGGCUUUCAACAGUCAUCGUCCCGGCAGAAAAAUACGAUGUCGACAAAAAUUUUCGCGAUAAAAUUUCCAUUUUCCCGGGAAAAACUCAACUCAAUGUGGAAUCUGCUUGGAAUCUAAUUCAAGAAGAGCUUUUGCCGCUCAUCCACGCUGGCAACAGUAGCAAUGGGGAAAUUCCAAGUCGAAAAGAUAAAGCUUUUGCUCGAGACAGCGUCAAUUUCCGACUUGGGCCUUCGACUCUCGAGCAGCAUCGAGAUCAGUGCGGCUUUUUCACAAAAUAUUGGCAAUUUCAACCAAACGCGACGCAAAGGACGAUGCAAAAAGUGCUAAAAUCGCCACUUUUAGCUUCCUACUUUUCCGAAACCCAAUCGUCCCUUUCUUCCGACAUUUUUCUCCAGGCUCCAAAUAGACUUUCCUCGAACAGUUGCAAGUUUACCGCCGACCUCGGCACCUCAAAAGAAAGUGCUGAAUACAUGAUCAAUUAUUUACAAGAAAACGCUUGGUUCGAUCAGGAGACCAAGCUUCUCAUCUUCGAACAAAGCUUUUUGAACAUGAAUAUCAACUCUUUUCUUAAACUUCGGGUCGUUUUUGAAUUCGUCGAUGGAGGCGCGAUACUCCCAACUCUGGCAAGGCUUAAAUACUAG